AUGGAGGUAAAGGUGUAUGUUGAAGGAGUCCACCGCAUAGUUUGUGGAGUCACUGAGAAAACAACAUGUCAGGAGGUGGUCAUCGCUUUAGCACAGGCACUUGGUCGCACUGGUCGAUACACUCUAAGAGAAAAAUUCAAAGAAUAUGAACGUAAUGUGACUCCAGAUGAACGUCUCUUGGAGGCCUUGGAGAAAUAUGGUGAGCAAGCUAAGGAGGUGCAGCUCACUUUGAAGCAUAUUGGUCCAUCCCUUGGGGAAGAAACAAACCAGCCCAAAGCCCAAAUGAGGCGAGCAGAGGGGACAGGGAGAACGCGGAGAGGCAGCGGGGCAAUCGCCCAACACCGCCAGAGCCUCCCACCGCUAUCACGCCUCUGCCUCCACUCUGAGCCACCACCCGAGGAACCAAAGAGACCCAAGCGGAAGUCGCUAACACUAAUGGAGGAAGCAUGGGGUUGGCUGGAAAACUUGGGCAGAGGCGGGAAGCAGCAAUCAGGACGAGAUAAGGGGAAAGACAAGGAGGGCAAAAAAGGAAAUGGGCACUCAGAUAACACGUCUCUGAAACCAACCAAAUGUUCCCUGGCUUCUGGAACACGACAGGCAAGAGACAAAAAAGACAAAAAUAGAGUUGCGCCACAUCAGCCUUUGAUCAGUUGCCUUGGGAACCGUGGGAGAUGCACUGAUGAGAGUGCUGUAUGUGAGAGACAAGAGGAAGAGGAACAGAAAGGGACAGAGGAAGACCUGAAAACCUUAAAUCCAGUGGUUCCUCUGGUCCAAACAAGCCAUCAAGAGACUGAGAGUGAGGAGAUUGUAGAGUUAAGAAGACUAGUUGUCCAACAACAGGCUAGUCUACAAGAACUAAAGCUCAAAAUCGAGUCAACAGACCAGUUGAUCCUUGAGCUUGAGCAGCAGCAAGCUACCAGGGAUUUUUCCAAGCAGCUAUCGGAAGAAGAGGAACAGCUCAAGUUCUGGCUGAAUGAACUCAAGGCGGAGGAAGUCUUUGAGAGAGACCUUCAGAGGCAGUUCUUUUGGAUAAAAGAGGAAGCUGCUGAGUGCAAAGCUAAACUGGAAGAGUACAAACAGAAACUGCAAGCGAUGGACUUGAGAAACUCCCAGCAGCAAACAGAACAUGAAAACAUCACCGGAGAGAAUAUCCAAGCAGAUGCGCCAAAACCUGCCCAAAAAACUGUCAAACAAAUACAGAUCUCAGCAGACGGAUCACAUGGAGAUGGUGGAACAAAAAGGGUGGUCACAAUGCUGGAGUCCAAACUCCCAUAUGUGCUCGUUUCAGCAAAUCAGAUAUCAAAUCCUCCUCUAAGCAGACCAGAAGAUCUGAGGGCAUGGUGGACACGAUGGUCUCAGAGCCAGAAUCCAACAUCAGUGACAAAACCCAAGAUAGUGCACCGCUCUGAAAUCACUGUACAGUUGGGAAGCACCAGAGUUUAAGCACUCUGAAACUUCUAAACCCCCUAUCUUUUAGGUUUCAUCAUGGAUACCUCAUUUGUGUUUAAUGUCAUGAAAGUGUGCAAAGGCAUGAAGAUGAUGUUUAAAGGUUCGGUACAAUGCUUUGCUGAUGAAAAAUUAAACAUAAUACACCUUUCAUUCUCAUAAAAUGUUUAUUUCAAUUGUUUCAUUCAAGACCAUUAACAAAAGUAUAUAGGAGAACCUUAAGGUUCAACACAAACCCAGGGUGCUCCAGAGAAUACUCAAGACAGAAAUAGCUCCAUAUGUCAUAAGAAGCACUGCAAAUCUAUCCAUGAUUAGCACUCUAUCCAUUUAAUCAAUUUUCUUUGCAUGUUUUUAAAUUUUGCUCAUUACACUUCCCCCACUUUUCAUGUUCUACACACAUUUGCUCAUUUUAUUCUAUUCUGGUUUUCAAAAAGUCCACCCAAGUAAAAGCAUACAUUAGAGUAUAUUUGAACCUGCUCUUAUAUUUUGGUGGCUGUUCGGGGAUAGAGACACCAAUUUUUCUCUUUUAAUUUUUUUGUUUGUUUUUAGGCACCUUUUUCUUUAUUAAUUUCUUCAUUAGCAGACAUGAAGUAGAACUCAAAGG